AUAAUCUUUCCAGAUGAUGUAGAACGAUUAAAACCAGUUAAAAGGGGAUUUUUUCAAACAAUAUUAUGUUGUUGGCGACGAACUAGAACGAAAACAAAUCAAAAUGGUACACCAAUUGAUGGUUCAACAACACCUCCACCAUUACCAGAUCAACAACGUUAUUUACUGCCGGCUGUUAAGCAUUCAGAUAUGCAUAGAAAAUGUAUGGUUAUAGAUUUGGAUGAAACUUUAGUUCAUAGUAGUUUUAAGCCAAUUCCAAAUGCUGAUUUUAUAGUACCCGUAGAGAUAGAUGGCGUUAUACAUCAAGUUUAUGUAUUAAAACGACCACAUGUGGAUGAAUUUUUAAUGAAAAUGGGCGAAUUAUAUGAAUGUGUAUUAUUUACAGCGUCACUAGCCAAAUAUGCUGAUCCAGUUGCUGAUUUAUUAGAUAGAUGGAAUGUAUUUCGUGCAAGACUGUUUAGGGAAUCUUGUGUAUAUUACAGGGGUAAUUAUAUUAAAGAUUUAAAUCGUUUGGGACGUGAUUUACAAAAAAUUGUUAUUGUUGAUAAUUCACCAGCUAGUUAUAUUUUUCAUCCAGAUAAUGCAGUUCCCGUCAAAUCAUGGUUUGAUGAUGUAACUGAUUCCGAAUUACUUGAAUUAAUACCAUUAUUUGAAAAAUUAAGUAAAGUUGAUUCUGUAUAUAGUGUUCUUUGUAAUUCAAAUAAUCAAUUAAAUAAUCAUUCAACGAAUCAACAACAACAACAACAGCAACAACAAAAUCAGCAACAACAACAACAUCAACCAAAUCAACAACAACAACAACAAGCACAACAAAAUCAUCAUCAAAAUAAUCAAAUACAAACAGUUCAAACAUCAAUACAACAAUCACCAACGUUAACACAAUUACAACAACAACAACAACAGCAACAACAACCACCAAAAUUAACAAUUACAACAACAACAACAUUAACAUUACAAUCACCACAAUCACAACAACAAUUAUCAAUUAAAGCUGGAAGUCCGCCCAAUUCAAAUGAUAUUAAUAUGAAAACGUAACAUUGGGAAUAUAUGUUCAUCAAUAUUUAAAAAUAAUAAAAUUUCCCCCGAAAUUAUAAAUACAAAUACUACUAUUGCUGAUAAUGAAGAAGAGAAAAUUUAAGAAAAUUAAAGAUUAAGAAAAAAUUUAUUGGAAAAAAAUAAAAAAAACAAAAACACGGGAAAACAAUUUUUAAUUAAAUAACAUUUUUAAUUUUAUUUUUUAAUGUUUUUAAUAAUAUAAUUUUUAUUUUUUAGAAAAUGAAGAAGAAAAACAGAAAAAAAAAUGGAAAAAAAUAAUGAAAAUAUUUUAUAUAUUGGCUUAUCGAGAAAAAAACAAAAAUUAAUUAUUUAUGC